CUCACUACAUGGUUAAGGUCACCAGGACUCAGGAGCUGCCUGUCUUGUUCCCCCAUCAACCCUCAACCCAUCUAGAGAAGACAUGGCCGUGACGUCCACCACCACUGUGAUCCAAGUCGGCGGGGCCCCCAGCAGCCGGAACUGGUCCACUGAGCUCUGUGACUGCUGUACAGACACCAACACCUGCUGCUGUGGCUUCUGGUGCUUCCCCUGCAUGCAGUGCAAGGCCGCGGGGGACUUCGGCUGGUGCUGCGCCAUGCCCCUGCUGGACUUCUUCUGCUGUGCCGUGUCCUGCUGCCUGCGCUCCUCCAUGAGAGAGCGAUACAACAUUUACGGUUCGUGCUGUAAUGACUGCUGUGCGUUGAUGUGGUGUUACCCGUUCGUCUGGUGCCAAAUGGCUCGGGAAGUCAAGAUCCGCAAGCAUGGAAGUGCACCGCCCACCACUACGGCGAUCACCAACCAGGUCACCUCACACUAGGGGCUCCGAGCCAGGGGCCCCUAGGGAGCCAAACUGAAGCUAGUGGUCCUGGCCUUGGGUGUUUCCAAUCUAGUGGUCUGACCAGUAGAUUGGUAGUGAAGACUUUUAAGGUCUUUGAUUAUUAUUUCGAUUUAGAGAAAAAUAUUCGAAAACAAAUGCGUGCCGAAAAUAUGAAAUAAGUUGCAUACAAAUUGCAGUGUGAAAUGACUGGAGAUACAAAGUCAGUUGCCCGUUGAAAGAUUGUGCUACAUUAAAAUAUAAUAUAUAUAUCAAUAAGGUUAAACAACGCAAAGUCUGACAUGGAAAGACCUCCUCACAGACCUAUGGGGUGCAAUAGAUACACUGGGGAUUUGCAGGUGUUGUGGGAGAGGGAUAUACAAGUAAUCGAUGCACUGGCAUUUUUCCAGUGGACAUUCCAGUGCAUUGGCUCCAUGUCUGUGAUUUUAGAAUUGUGCAUUCAGUGAGGAAUGGUGAUCUCAAUAAUGUGAAGAUCUGUUGCAUAUGUAUAGUACACAUAAGGGGGGGGGGGGCCUUCUGUUGGCUUUUUUUAUUUUUGUUUUUGGGCGCAAAAGUAUACCGUAAUAAAACGAUUUAUAUGAAAAAUUUGCCUGGGUGGAACCACUCGUGGAUGGGCACGUUUUGUUCUUGGGAAACUUUCUAGAUAUUUUAUCAGUUAGCCUACCGUUACAUCAAGUGAUUACAUUGACAUGGCUUUGAUGGUUAUUCUUCUGAUUUUCUGGUUAUUUGAUUUAACUUUGAAAACGAGCGGGCAGAGCUCGAGGACAAUGCGACAACCUACAGGUCCUAGCUUAUUAUGAAGACUUGAUAGAUAUAAUAUCACAAAAAUAAACAAGAUAACACUUUU